AUGAAACUCCGAAACACACCCGGAACCGGCGGCACCGGGACCGGGACAGUUGGGUUGCAAACCAAGCCGCCGUCCAAUCUCCGUGUGCUUGGCAUCCGGCCUUUCCGGCCUUCGAAGCACACGGCACGCCGACCCGCCGAUCCUGACUGCGAAUUGGCCAAUGGCGAGGGAUUUGUUGUCGUUGAUUUGGCGGCGGCCUGGGCAACAGGACAACAAAGCAGUGUCCACCCUGCUCGUCCUGCGAUAGGGCCGAGAGAUCAAGAGAUGUGGGUUUCAGUCAGGCAACGUCUGCAGUGGAAAGGGGGGCAACGCGGAGACGAAGGCAGCGCGGUGACGGCUAUCCGCUGCUCUGGUUUUCAACGACAGUCUCGACCGGACACGGACAAGGCCACUCCUCGAUUCCGAGGUCCGGGGUCUGUCGAGGUGUCGGAGAACAUACGAUAG